ACAUCCAAGAUGGAGACUACCGAGGGUUCGCAAGGACAUUUUCAGGACUAUCAACAAGUUUUAUCAACUUUGGAGGCAUUGAAUGGACAGAGAUCAUCAUCAAAGCUGUGCGAUGUAAUUUUGCAAGUAUCAGAUGAAAAAAUAUUUGCCCACUCUAAUGUUCUAGCAGCAGCAAGCCCAUAUUUUGAUUCGGUAUUCAGUGGUCAGGAUCUCCCGAGGGCUUUUUCACAAAAAACUCCACAAAUCAUAGAAAUUCACAUUGAUGGACCCUCGGACCCAGGCUAUACAGAAGCAUUACAUAAAGUGGUGGACUUUAUGUAUACAAGUCGUAUACAGCUAGACAGCAAUGUACUUGUGCAAGUGCUUGAAAUAGCUAGGAUUAUGCAGAUGUCUAGAAUUAUAGACUUCUGUGAUUUAUACCAGCAAGGAUGUAUAUCAUAUGAAAUUGGUGAGCCCAUAACAUCUUCUCCACUUCUAUCUAAAGUUGCUUGCGACAUUUCUACUCAAACUAGUGACGGCACUGUCAAAAAUGGAAAAGAAAUAGUUAUUUACAAUGAGAACGCCACAGAUGAGAUAUGGGUAUUUAAAAAGGACUUGAAUAGCAAAGCUGUGGUUUUGAAUAACAGAGAAAGUUUUAAACGUAAAAGAGGCAGGCCAAGAAAGAAACAAAGAGAUGAUAAUUUGUGUAAUGAUGAGGUCAACACUGAUACUAUUGGUGGUCAAGGGCAAGCACUUAUUACAUGUGCAUUGAAAGAGGAGCAGAAAGAAAGCAGUUAUUCUGAGAAAGAAAAUGACAAUAUGAGCAGUAAUUGUACAGCUUUUGAAGGGAAGCCUAAUGAAACACUGCUUAAGGCCUCACUAGAACCAUCUGUGAGAGUAAGUAAACAUGGUAGAAUUAUAAAACCAAAGAAAUUUUCUGACGAUAUGAUUAAUUUUAUUAAAGAUGAGCCUAUAAGUGAUACAGAAAAUGAGGAAAAUAAAGUACACGAUAGUGUCUUAACAAGAAAUACUCAGCAAAAUAGUGAUACAGGAAAUAUAACUGAUACAGAUAUUGUUGACAAUCUGGUGAAAAAAUUUGCAUGUGAACUUUGUGAAUACGUGACACAAGACAUGAAAGAGUUAAAUGAGCAUCAUAGAGAUCACUUACAUGCUGAGAAGAAGUGUAGUUACUGUGGUUGGAUCUGUGAGAAUUCAGAUGUGACAAAUGAAGAAUUCAUGGAGCAUGUGAAUAAUCACAAAGGUUCAACAUUGUAUUUCUGUACUUUUUGUCCUCAAAGGUUUAACACUAAAGCUAAGUUAUAUCAACAUUUACCAAAGCAUUCAAAAACGAAACCUUAUGGUUGUGAUAUUUGUGGAGCAGGGUUUAAGUGGAAACAUGCCUUAAAAGCCCACAUGACAGUUCAUAAAGAUUCAAAGGAUUACCUUUGUGAUAUUUGUGGAUUUGCAACUGCUCAUAAAUCUCAGUUGAAAGCCCACCAUCUAAUUCAUACAGGUAAUACAUUUAAAUGUACUCAACCAGAUUGUGAGUAUCAGACAACAAAGCGUAGUAAUUUAAAAUUUCAUAUGAUGACUCAUUCUCGCGAAAAGCCUCAUCAGUGUGAAUUGUGUGGACAAUCAUUUUCUCUAGUGAAGAAUAUGAAACGUCACAUGUUACUGCAUGCAAAUGAUCGUCCAUUCCGAUGUGAUUGUUGUAGUUUUAGUACAACAAGAUUUGAUAAACUAAAAGAACAUUAUUUUAAGCAACAUAAAAUUGGUGAAAAACCAAAAAGGAAAGUUAGAUUGACAGAAUACCUGAAAAUGCAAGAAAUGGUAGAUAAUUUAGAAACUGGGCAGUUGACUAGUGAGCAAAUUGAAGCUGAAGUUUUAAAUAUACCUGUUGGAGAAGAAAUGGAGACUAUAGAGUUACAAGUAUCUGAAGAUACAAAUGGAUUAGCAACUACACAAAUUGUUAAUGUUACUAGCUCAACUGGUGAAGCUAUUCCAAUAGCUAUCACUCAAAAUGGUGGAGAAAUUUCAUAUGAAAUUCAGCAGAUACCUGUGCAGAUUAUUACCCAAGAAAUAGUCACAGAGUGAAAAUGUUGUCAUUAAUAGUGGGUUCACAUUGUAGCUACAUUUUUAUGCAAUUUGACUAAAAGCAUAACAUGCACAAAAGAAAGUGCUGCAUACUAAAAACAAGAAUUUAAAUUGCAACCAUUUAAUUUCACAGUAAAAUUUGUUAUUCCAUGUGUACAUGUAAUUGUAUUUAUUUAUACUAUAGGGCAGGGCAAUUUUUGACACCUGAUAUAUAGAAUAUUACUUUUGUAAAAAAAAUCAAGUAAGUAAGAGACAAUGCUUUAAUCUAGUAGUUUAGACACAGAGUUCUAGACUUUAAAGUUAAAAUCACCAUGUAGCAAAGUAUACAGACAGUUUAACUAAAAAUAGGAGAAUGAACUAUAGAAAGAAAGGAAGGGUCAUACUGUAUUAGAAAGGAAGGGACAUACUGUAUAUAAUAAAAUUAAUAAUAUGAAAUAAAUAAUAGUUGAUAUUACUAUGAUUUAACUGUAUUUUGUGUAUCAAAAUAAUAAUGACAAUUGAAUGACAUAAUUUUUGAUCUAGAUAAAUUUUAAUCUCUUCCUUUUCUGGCAGAAUUUUCUAGUAAUUACACCAGUGAUCUAAGUUGUAAAAAGCUAACAUGUCUACCAUUUUUGCCGUUAUGAAUGAAGGUGGAAAUUCUUAUGCUACUACAAGAAAAAGUGCUAAACGAAAGUAUUAGUUUUUGUAAUUUAUUCUUCCCAAAAAAAUGAUAAAUAUGUGAAUCCACAAAAUAUGUAUAACAUGUUAUGAUGUAUACAAUAUGAUGUUAUGAGAUAAAAUUAUCCUUAAAAGA